UCAAUCAGGGAAGAAAGAUACUCCGAACAUAUGACCGAACAAUAACCAAUCUAGAGUCCAAAGAGUAAACAUCACUGCAAACUCACUGAACAAGUGAGUAAGUCUCUCUCACCAAACUCUUGUAACCGAGCCAGUCAGAGAGAUGAGCAAGACUCUACCAUUCCGAGUGAUUGGAAAGCGCAGGGAGACUAUCACAGCCCUGCCACUGUACUACAGUGGUCAGAUGCAGAAGAAAUGCAAAGGAGAGAAGGUGUUCCAAAUGUACCAUGGAGAGUUGCGUGGCUCCACCAUGUUCUUUUACACGGAUGAGAAACAGGAAACGUACUGUGAGAGGCUGGAGCUACACAACCUGAAAUCCAUGGAGUCAAUUUCCUCCUACUCAGAGAGCACUGCCCCUAUUUACACACUCAGGUUCUCCAAGCAGGAAGUACAACUUCAGAUGGAUAAUCCGGACACAGGAGAGUUGUGGAGAGGCUUUAUCUUGACCGUGGCUAAACUGGAGGUCCCACGGCAAAUGCAGCUCCUGCCUGGCCAGGUCAUGAGGCUGGAGGAGAUGCGGACCGCAGAGGAACAGCGGCGGGCCUUAGAGUCCUCCUGCCCGACCCCUACAGAUGCGUCAGCGUCCCACUCAAACAGCUCAGAAAGCGCAUAUGAUGCCACUCUGUCCAUAAUUCCCUCUUGUUUUCUGUCAGUGCUACGUGAAGAGGCAGAGAAGCUACUGGAACAGAACCCAGAGCAUGGCAGCAUCAUCCUAAGGCCAGCAACUGACAACAAACAACAUUUCUCCAUCACAACAAGACAAAUCUUUCCCAGUGGUCCAGUUAUUAGAAACUACAAGAUCACGUCCAGUGAAUCUGGCUAUACUAUUCAACUGGAUAAUCCUGUAACUGUCCAAACCCUGAAUGAAGUGGUGGAUCACUUCUUGGAGAAAACAGCCUAUCAACUAAAGCCUUUUACAAUGCCCCAGGCCUACGACACUCGCAUAAGUGAGCUUAUACAUACACUUGUACACUAGGGAUGUGCCAUAUAGGUGAGCUCUAUACACUUGUACAUUAGGGAUGUGCUAUAUAGGUGAGCUCUAUACACUUGUAAAUUAGGGAUGUGCCAUAUAGGUGAGCUCUAUACACUUGUACAUUAGGGAUGUGCCAUAUAGGUGAGCUCUAUACACUUGUACAUUAGGGAUGUGCUAUAUAGGUGAGCUCUAUACACUUGUACAUUAGGGAUGUGCUAUAUAGGUGAGCUCUAUACACUUGUAAAUUAGGGAUGUGCCAUAUAGGUGAGCUCUAUACACUUGUACAUUAGGGAUGUGCCAUAUAGGUGAGCUCUAUACACUUGUACAUUAGGGAUGUGCUAUAUAGGUGAGCUCUAUACACUUGUACAUUAGGGAUGUGCUAUAUAGGUGAGCUCUAUACACUUGUAAAUUAGGGAUGUGCCAUAUAGGUGAGCUCUAUACACUUGUACAUUAGGGAUGUGCUAUAUAGGUGAGCUCAUACAUACACUUGUACAUUAAGGAUGUGCCAUAUACUGUAGGUGAGCUCUAUACACUUGUACAUUAGAGAUGUGCUAUAUAGGUGAGCUCUAUACACUUGUACAUUAGGGAUGUGCUAUAUAGGUGAGCUCUAUACACUUGUACAUUAGGGAUGUGCCAUAUAGGUGAGCUCUAUACACUUGUACAUUAGGGAUGUGCUAUAUAGGUGAGCUCUAUACACUUGUACAUUAGGGAUGUGCUAUAUAGGUGAGCUCUAUACACUUGUAAAUUAGGGAUGUGCCAUAUAGGUGAGCUCUAUACACUUGUACAUUAGGGAUGUGCUAUAUAGGUGAGCUCAUACAUACACUUGUACAUUAAGGAUGUGCCAUAUACUGUAGGUGAGCUCUAUACACUUGUACAUUAGAGAUGUGCUAUAUAGGUGAGCUCUAUACACUUGUACAUUAGGGAUGUGCCAUAUACUGUAGGUGAGCUCAUACAUACACUUGUCAUGUUGUAUCGCAUAUUGUAUCGCUAUUGAUAUACCUGUAGAACUCCUCCCUAUGAAGAAUUUGCCAUAGUGUGAUAUUAAUGAUAUAAUUAAUGACAUGUUUUACACACACACACACACACACACACACACACACAGAACAGGACCACAUUACAGUCAUAAUGUGCAUACGAGUGAUUGUUUGUGUGACAGUACAUAACUGUGGAUGUAUCUGUAACCUGUGUCAGAGCUGCCUCCACCUCCACUAGCUCCAAAGCCUAAGGUCAUUCCCAAAGCCAGGGUGCCGCCCACCAUCCACACACAGCCACCGCCUGACACCAUGCCCCCCACACGUCCACUGCCCACACUACCAGCA